AAAAUCCGCUCGCUUCCUCAACAGAGCCACUCCUUUUCGACAGAGGACAGGUUCAAGAUGGCGGUGUCCCUGAGGUUGUUUCUCCGCUCCGGAAAGAAUACCGUGUCAGCGCUGCGGCGGCGGGAGUUUCACAGCAGCGUUCCGGCCGCGGUGCAGGUGACAGUCCGCGAUGCCCUGAACCAGGCAAUGGAUGAGGAGUUGGAGAGGGAUGAGCGAGUGUUCCUGCUGGGUGAGGAGGUCGCCCAGUAUGAUGGUGCCUACAAGGUGAGCCGAGGUCUGUGGAAGAAGUAUGGAGACAAACGAAUCAUUGACACACCAAUCUCAGAGAUGGGGUUUACUGGCAUUGCAGUGGGAGCUGCCAUGGCUGGCCUGAGACCCAUCUGUGAGUUCAUGACCUUCAACUUCUCCAUGCAAGCCAUUGACCAGGUCAUCAAUUCUGCAGCAAAGACCUACUACAUGUCAGCUGGGCUGCAGUCGGUCCCCAUCGUUUUCAGAGGACCUAAUGGAGCAUCAGCAGGUGUUGCUGCACAGCACUCGCAGUGCUUCGCUGCAUGGUAUGGUCACUGUCCAGGUCUGAAGGUUGUAAGUCCCUGGAACUCAGAGGAUGCUAAAGGCCUCCUGAAAUCAGCCAUCAGAGAUGACAAUCCCGUGGUGUUCCUGGAGAAUGAGCUGCUGUACGGUGUUCCCUUUGAGAUGUCAGAGGAAUCACAGUCCAAAGAUUUCACGAUUCCAAUCGGCAAGGCGAAGAUUGAGCGACAAGGGAGUAGCGUCACCCUUGUUAGUCACUCUCGGUAUGUCAGUCACUGCCUGGAUGCUGCAGCUGUCCUUGCCAAGGAGGGAAUUGAGUGUGAGGUGAUCAACCUUCGGACCAUCCGUCCCCUGGAUGUGGAGUGUAUUGAGACCAGCGUGAUGAAGACCAAUCACCUGGUGACAGUGGAGGGUGGAUGGCCUCAGUUCGGUGUGGGAGCAGAGAUCUGUGCCAGGAUCAUGGAAGGUCCUGCCUUCAACUACCUGGACUCCCCUGUUACCAGGGUAACUGGUGUCGACAUCCCCAUGCCGUACGCCAAAAUCCUGGAGGACCACAGCCUGCCACAGGUCAAAGACAUCGUUUUCUCUGUGAAGAAGACCCUCAACAUCUGAGACCCUUACAACAAAGGACAACCCUCCCACCUGAGUCCUUGUUUACAGACGGUGGCAAAAUAUCUAACCUGUAAAUACCGCCAAAACGCUCCAGAAGUUGGUCAAUGAUGCGCACAGCUGUUCAGCUCAGAGCAGUGGACACAGGGUUUUGGUCAAGCAGCACUGCUGUUAACUUUGUUAGUAACUUGAUCAAACUCUGUGGCUCUGGCUUCUCUUGCACUUUUCUCCACUUUAAAAAAAUAAAUAUCUAUCAUGUAUACUGUUCUGUGCUGAGUCUGUUCAGAAGUGACUAAACUGAGUAUAACUUACAAAUUGAGAUUUAAUUUAUUGUGCAGGUGAAUUUCACUCCUAAAAAGGUGUUUGCUUCAAUUUGUCCCUCACUGAGUCGCUGGACUCCAUUUACAAAAUGCUUUUGUUCUCAUAAAUUAUUCCGACUCUUGAUUUUUCAGGCUAAUCGAGUUUUUCCACUACAGUUCUGGAUACUCACAAUUAGAAUCUGGCACUGAAAACAGGGCUGCUCUUAAACUGCAAUAAGCAGUACUGUUUCUGUGGUCAGACUUUUCUGUUCAAACUCUCACAGUGCACCGAACUCAGACUCAAGUUUGUCUCUAAAAACAGUAAAGUGGGAAAGUGAACCAGCUGUGAGCUGGUGUUGGAAAUACUGUAGCUGAUCAUUUUUUGUUGUAAAUGACUGUUACAGAAAUAAAAACUUUGCUCCUU